AUGGAGUCACCUGACGCCACUCCAGCGAUCGCCGCCGUCAAAAGUCCAACGACAUCCCUUCGAUUGACCAUCCGUCACGAGCGGGGAAAUUCCGAGGAAUACCAGCCGUGCGAAAGUGUAUCAUCCUCGCGAUCGCGUCCUCCUCGUCGCCGCAAAUCCAUCUACUCGCGCCCCCGUAAGGCCCUGACCGCACCCCGUCCACCGAAGGCACCGAAAGCACCGAAGCAAUCGAAGCAACAACCCAAACGCCCAGAGAUGGCCCACGGCGCCGAAGACUGCGCGACGGUCCUCGAACAAUUCGUCCACGAUGUCGCCAACUUGCCGCUGGAAAUCAAUCAUCUGAUGGAGGAGAUUCAGGCGAAAGACAAGGUCAUGCAGGAUUGUCGGACCACCAUCAACUCGCGCGACGGCAGCAUCCAGAAAUUUAUCAAGCUGAACGGCAGUCUGGCCCCAAACCCGAAAGAAGAACAGUACAGCAAAUCGGUACUACAGAGUCUGGACAAAUGUUCGCAAUUACAGGAUGAAAAGAUCCAACUCAGCGAGAAAGCAUGCGUCCUCCUAGAUCGCCAGAUCAAGCGCCUCGACGUGCGCAUUCGCGAUUUAGUAAACGAAGGCCUACUCUCCAAUGACCCUCCAUUACCAUCAAUGUUCGACAAAAAGGUCGACUACCGCGAACCGCCAAAGGUGUUCUUCCCGGACUCCACUCCCGCCGAAACACCUGCAUACUCGACCCCCCUCAACCCAACCUCAGGCAAUUCCAACCCAAUCCUCGCAGCCGCUCAUCGUCUCAGCCAAGCAACGCCGCGUAUUUCGACCGCUGCCGCUCUGGCCGCGGCACAAGGUAGCGGCCGGAGCUCGGCACCAGCUACGCCCGGCGGCUCAGCGGGUAUGCAUCUCCAACAACGGCAGCGCGAAUCUUCCGCCGGUGCAGUGGACAGCAAGCGUCGUCGUUUAAAUCCUCCAUUCGGUACCCUGCCUUCUGCAUCGUCAAAUCUUCGCCAGUCAUCUCUUGGCCCUGGCACGCCUAAGGCAGGAACACCGACAGGAAGUCGAGCGGGAAGUGCCCAACCUCCUCGCGGCGUCAAUGUCGGAGUUAAGAAAGCGCUCACGAAGAAAAUUGCCCCGCACCAACAAGUCAAGAAAAUCAAAUCGGCUGCCGGUACAAAGUCAAAUAAGCGCUCAUCUAGCGCGAGUGGCCGGCUCAAAGCGUCGAAGAAAUCUCCCGGUGAAGGUGCGGAUGAUGAUGAUGACUCCAUGCUCAGUAGUGCGGACAUGUCUGAGUCGGAUAAGAAUGAUGAGAGUGCUGAGGAUGAUAUUGAUGAUGACGAUGAUGAGGACGAGGGUAAUGAAGAUACCAAGGUGUACUGUACCUGUCGGACUGUCAGUCACGGUGAUAUGGUUGCCUGUGACAAUGAUAAUUGUCCGUAUGAGUGGUUUCACUGGAAAUGUGUCGGGCUCACUAGGGAGCCCGUUGGUACUUGGUAUUGUGAUGAGUGCAGGAGUACCCUCGGCAAGUAG